AUGGCUAAGAGAGGAGAUCAGCUGAACCGACAGGAAUUCUCCUGUUCCAUCUGUUUGGAUCUACUGAAGAAUCCAGUGACUAUUCCCUGUGGACACAGCUACUGUAUGAACUGCAUUAAAGCCCGCUGGGAUGGAGAACAUCAGAGGAGGAUCUAUAGCUGCCCUCAAUGCAGAGCAACUUUCAGGCAAAGGCCUGCACUAUCAAAAAACCUCUUGUUGUCAAAGUUGGUGAUGGAUCUAAAGAAGACAUCAAGACACCAAGCUGCUGUAGUUGAUCACCAUUAUUCUGGACCUGAAGAUGUGGCCUGUGAUGUCUGCACUGGGAGGAAAAGGAAAGCUGUCAAGUCCUGUUUAUCCUGUCCUGCUUCCUACUGUGAGGAUCACCUCCAACCUCACUAUGAUGCUCCACCAUUAAAGAAGCACAAGCUGGUGGACCCCUCUAAGAAGCUCCAGGAGAACAUCUGCUCUCGUCAUGAUGAGGUGAUGAAGAUCUUCUGUCGUACUGAUCAGCAGUGUAUCUGUUAUCUCUGCACUAUGGAUCAACAUAAAGGCCAUGAAACAGUCCCAGCUGCAGCAGAAAGGACUGAGAAGCAGAAGGAGCUCCAGGAGAGACGACAACAAAUCCAGCAGAGAAUCCAGAACCAGGAGAAAGAUGCAGACCGGCUCCAGCAGGAGAUGGAGGCCGUCAGGUGCUCUGCUGAUAAAGCGGUGAAGUACAAUGAAACGAUCUACCGUGUGCUGUUAAAUAUCAUCAGCAAAAGAAGGCAUGAAUUGGACAGGGACAUCAGAUGCAAGGAGGAAACUGAAGUGAGUCGAAUCAGAAAGAUUCAGGAGAAGCUGGAGCAGGAGAUCACUGAGCUGAAGCUUAAAGAUGCUGAGCUGGAGAAGAUCUUGCAGACUGAGGAUCUUAACCAGUUUCUCCAGAACUACCCCUCCCUGCCAGCCCUCAGUGAGGCUACACACUCAUCCAGCAUCAAUAUUCCUCCCCAAAGAUACUUUGACAAUGUGACAGCAGCUGUUUUAGAGUUCAAAAAGAAAGUAGAUGGCAUCACGAGAGACCAAUGGACAAACAUAUUGCUGUCAAUCACUGAAAGAGAUGUGACAGAACCAGGAUCGGAACCUCCGACCAGAGCCGAGUUACUGAAAUAUUCCCAGGACAUCACUCUUGUCCCAAACAUGGCACAGAAAAACGUCAUGUUUUCUCAGGGCAACAGGAAAGUGACGGUGCCGCCGCAGUCUAACAUCGCAAACGCAGCUGAGAUUAAACUGCUCCUGAGCAAAGAGAGUCUGACCGGACGGUGUUACUGGGAGGUGAAGUGGAAAGGAGGAGGGGGGAUCAGUGUUGGAGUUUCAUACAACACUAGCAGCUUUGGAUUCCUCUUUAAACCAAAGGAGGCCUCCUUUUGGUCAUUGCACUGUAACACGAGCUUCUGCACGUUUUCUCACAACGACGUUAAAACUCAAGUGUUUGGUCCGGUUUCCUCCAGAAUCGGAGUGUACCUGGAUUACAAAGCAGGUAUCCUGUGUUUCUACAGCAUCUCUGACACCGUGACUCUCAUCCACAGAGCCAAGGCCACCUUCACUGAGCCUCUGCAUGCUGGGAUUUAUCUUCACACCGGAGGCUCUGCUGAGUUUGUUAAACUCAAGCAGUCAUAAAAGAUCUGAGGUCUAAUUGGGGGUACGCGGCGCUCCCCGACGGUUCGAAUUAAAUCCGUUUUUCUUUUAGGGUUUCUUAAAAAUACUUUUUCCGGACUGUUUUAGAUCAGAUGAGAAGAAACGUGACAAGAACUGAGAUAAAAGCUCAGCUAGGAAGUCCAGCUGAUGUCACUUCCUGUAAUGUUUGGUUUUACCUGUAAAGGAAUUCAUUUACUCUUUUUUUUUUAUGAGGAACUCGCACAAUGAUUGAGAACCAGUGAGUUUUAAAUCCUAGUAUCCCUCCUAUAGUUUGAGAUAUUCUGAGGUCUCUAUAGAUAGAGAUGCUUGAUUGAUGUUGUGUUGAAAACUGCUGUUAAGUUUUUUGUACAAAAAUUGAUCAUUAAAGUUGGUUGUGAUUCCUCUGAGUUUGUGCUAAAGCCUCCUUUUUUUGUUUGUCAGUAAAGCUGUAUACAAAGGCUGUAUUUAUGUAGCAGUUUUUGAAAAUUGGGGUUGAAGCAAUUAAUCUGGAUUAUUGAAAUAAUCGUCAACUAAAUUGAUGAUUUGAUUGAUAUGAGACUAAUGGUACGCUGACUGAAACAUUGCAGUUGCAGAAAUAACCUACCUACAGCAGUAAUGGAGUCAAAACACUACAAAUAUAAACUAUUAAAACCAUUUCCACUUGUUUAAUUUCAGAACAUAUCUGACGUAUUUUGUGAAUAGUAAUCCGUUUAAAAUGAUUUUUUUUCCCCCUCUAAAUGUUCAUUUACCAAAAGUUUUAGUAAUGCUACAAAUCUAUAGGUGCAGCCCUUGUGUGGUCGGAAAAUUAAAUUUUUCUUCUUUCCUUCUCAGUAUUUGAAGUAUGCUAUGUAUUCUCUAAAAAUGUUUUUUUCUCAGCUAGUUUGUCUCACUUGCAAGGCCACAAAAUGUCUGAGUGGAAGAUGGUUAUAGACAAAACAUACCUUUUUCCCGUAACAAAACCACAUACUUUUUCAAGGUAACUGUUUAACCAAGGUCUGCUAUGGUUUUGACUCUGCCUUAAAAGCAAGGGAACAACUCUGUCUAAGGUUAGAACUUGGCAGACCACCAUGCUGUGAAUGUGAAUGUCUUGUUCUCCUUUACUUUGCAAAGUAAAUAAAGUGCCG